AUGGCGCUACCAUAUAUUCAAGGUCAGCUGUCGGCAGUCCGUAGUACAGUCGACGGCAUCUUUGCCAACCUCUAUCCUAAGCUCUCAGCUCCACACAUCGAUCUACACGGGAAAAAUGUCGUCAUCACAGGUGGUAACAGUGGUAUCGGACUCGAGACGGCUGUGGCACUGGCUUCCAUGGGCGCCAAUGUCAUCAUCGCCUGUCGCAACCCGGAACGUGCGAUGGCUGCCGUCAAGGACAUUCAGAGGCGCACAGGCUCUAGUUGCGUCGAUUGGAUGCAGCUGGAUUGCUCCUCCCUCACGAGCACAGAAGACUUCUGCAAAGCGUGGAAGACUCGCAAAGACUCUCGGAUUCAUUAUCUCAUCUUGAACGCUGGCUUGCUCAACAAGACCAAAGUCCUCACCGGAGACGGCCUUGAGUCGACUUACCAGGUCAACUUUCUGAGCGGCUUCUUGACCGCUCUCCGAUUGCUGCCUUGUCUGGCAAAAGACGCGCGUAUCGUGUCCACCGCGAGCAUGGGCUGCACGUUGUCCGAUGUCCUCAAAGCUGACAACGGCAGCUCAAGUGAUUGGCUGGACAAAUUUGACGCCGGACAGCCCUUCUCGGCUUUCACGGGCUUUGCAUUGUAUGCACGCUCCAAAGCCGCGCAAGUCGUCUUCACGCAAGAACUCCAGAAGAAGCUCGAUCGUCAUCCUGACACGCGAAACAUCACCGCACACUGCUGUCAUCCAGGUACUGUCAAGUCUGAGAUCUGGACGCAGGAGACGACAGUUUCGGCGGCCGGUGUCAUCAGUGCUGUCAACGUCAUUGGCAUUACCGCCGAGCAAGGUGCCGUCACGAAUGUGUUUCUGUGCACGUCGGACAAGCCCUUGCAGCCAGGCAGCAGAGGUCGGUUCUGGGACCAGACAGCAUUGCGCUGGUCGCCCGGCUGGAUUGUCAGCAGAGACCACACUGCCCUCUGGCAAAGCUGGCUGAGGGAUGCCAGGAUUGACAAAGAUCCUCUGACUUAG